GUUGGAACAUACAUAACCGCGGAAGGGGGGAGAGAGAGAGAGGAGGAGCAGAGUCAGAGAGCAUUGAUACAAUUGGAAGCCGAAGGAAAGCAGAGCUUCGUUUGGAUUAGGGAGGAGCUUCCCAACUCUACACGAUGUAUCAUCCGACCAGAGGCGGCGUGCGCGGUGGCCGCGAUCAGUUCAGUUGGGAAGACGUGAAGGUUGACAAGCAUAGGGAGAAUUAUCUCGGUCACAGUAUCAGGGCCCCUGUUGGAAGAUGGCAGAAAGGAAAGGAUUUGCACUGGUAUGCCCGUGAUAAAAGUGGUAAUAGCUCAGAUGCAGAGGCUGUAAAAGAAGAGAUACGAAGAGUCAAGGAGCAAGAAGAGCAGGCUAUGAGGGAGGCUCUCGGGUUAGCUCCUAAGCGUGCUCCCCGGCCUCAAGGCAAUCGGCUGGAUAAGCAUGAGUUCAAGGAACUUGUGAAGCGAGGCUCAACUGCAGAGGAUUUGGGUGGAGGACAUGCUGAAGCAGCACAUGUUCUUGGUCUUGGCCACUCGAGGCUCCCUCAACCUUGGGAAGAAUCGAGUGCACUUGAAUCCAGUGAGAAGGAAGCUUCAUUUGACAUGGCUAGCGUGGCAGCUCCUGAGGCAUCAGGGAGAAAAUCCGAGUCGGAUGAGUCAGAGGAUGAACGGGGCAGUAAGAAAAGGAGGCGAGAAGAGAAGAAAAGGGACAAGCAUGAGAAGCGAGAAAAGAGGCAUUCCCGAGAUGCAGAAGACAAGAGGCAACGGAAACACAAAGAGAAGAGGAGACAUGAUUCAGACUGAAGACUUGUCCAAUGCUACUGUGACGGUCACGUAGUAUCGCAAUUUCUUUGAUGCAACGUUGUGAUGCUGACUUUAGCUAAACUAGAAGGCUGCAAAGAGAUGUCUUGAGCUUUCGUUUCAUUCGAUUUUAUAAAAUAUGAUCUGAUGUGUAUUCUAACUUCUUUAUUGGUGGUGGUCGCUGCCGUGAUCUAUCAUCAAAGAAGAAUAUUGCACUUUGAUUGCGUACAAGUAAUACCUCUCCUUAUAUAUAUAUACUGCUCCCUAGAUUGACUGUCCUUGAAUUCUUAA